GGUUUUGGAAUGAGCUGAAAAAAUAUUUCUUUCAAAGAGAAAUCUUCACAGAUUUUCAGUAAUCUGUGGAAAUCUUUGAGUAUUCAACAAUUAAUACUUAAUGAAGAAAUGGAUGUGAGUGACUGUAUUAUUAACAUUAAAGAAGAGGUGCAUAUCACCCUUGAUGAUAUAAAAUUAGAAGGAAUCUCUACAUCCAUAGAAGUUUCUGAACAAUUUGUGGAUGGAAAAGAAGUCCAUGAAAGAGAAGAAUAUAUAAUCAAAAAUGAACAGAGAGAGCCAAAUUGUUUCUUCUUAUCUGCCCCUUUUACUCAAGAAACGACUCAAGUAUUAGAACCUCUGGUUAAUAACUCAGAAUUGGUUGAUUUCGAGCAGAGCGAAUCUCAGAAAAGUUACAUGAGUGAUACUGCAAAUAAAAAAAAUUAUCUAGAAAAUCAGAUGAAAUAUGACUAUGCGUCUAAUCUAACAGUUUAUGAGGAAAGAGUAGUGAAAUCUGAUUCGAACACCAAAAAACACAAAUGUCACCUAUGUGAAUAUGCUUCUAGUGAUAAAAGAUAUCUUGAUGCACAUGUUAAAUCUAUCCAUCUGAAAAUUAAGGAAUACAAGUGCGACUUCUGUGAUCAUGAAACGAAUAGAAAAGAUAACCUUAAACAGCAUAUCGACAAUCUUCAUUUCAAUAUUAAAAAGGUCAGUUGUCACUUAUGCGAAUAUGUCACAAGCAGAGAAAGCCUCCUUCGUUAUCAUAUCGACUCUGUUCAUUUGAAUAUGAAGAAAUACAAGUGUGACUUUUGUGACUACCGUGUGAAUAUUAAAAGAUGCCUUGAAUUACACGUAAAAUCUGUCCAUUUGAGAAUAAAGGAUCAAAAGUGUCACUUAUGCGAGUAUGUUGCAAGUAGGAAAAGCUACUUACGGAAGCAUAUCAACACAAUUCAUUCAAACAACAAGGAGCAUGAGUAUUCAGCGGAUGAAAAAAAAAACCUAGAAGUACAUGACAAUUCGGGUCAUUCGAAAAUUGAAGAAUAUCUUACAUGUAAAAAAAGGUACCUUAAAAAGCAUGUUGUUCAUUCAAGUGUCAAGAGACAUAAGUGUCAACUAUGUGAAUACACCACUACUGGAAAGCAAAAUCUCGAAGCACAUGUAAAAUCUGCUCAUUUGAAUAUUAACGAGUACCAGUGCGACUCUUGUGAGUAUGUUACAAAUAGGAAAACCAGCCUUAAGAUUCAUAUCGACUCUGUUCAUUUAAAAAUUAAAGAACACAAGUGUCACUUAUGUGAGUAUGCCGCGAGUUCGAAAAAUAGCCUGGAUAUUCACGUGAAAUCUGUUCAUUUGAAAAUUAAGGAACACAAGUGUCACUUAUGUGAGUUUGCUGCGUGUUUAAAAAGUAAACUCAAUGAACACGUGAAGGCUGUUCAUUUGAAAAUCGAUGAAUUCAAGUGCCAUCUUUGCGACUUUGUCACAUGUAGAAAAUACAGCAUCAAGAAGCAUAUCGACACUGUUCAUCUGAAUAUCAAGAAUUACAAGUGUCAUCUGUGUCCGUAUGCUACAUCUACGAAAAACCAACUGGAUUCACAUGUGAAAUCUAUUCAUCUGAAAAUCAAGGAACUGAAGUGUGACCAAUGCGAGUAUGUAACGAACAGAAAAAUCAGUCUCAAAGAACAUAUUGAAUCCGUUCAUUUGGAUAUUAAGAAAUACAGAUGUCACCUUUGCGAAUAUGCUGCGAGUUUGAAGAGAAGUCUCAACGUACACGUGAAAACUGUUCAUUUACAAAUUAAGGAGCACAAGUGUCAAGUAUGCAGCUUCGUUACAAGUAGAAAAGAUAAGCUCAAAAUGCACGUCGAUAACGUUCAUUUAAAAAUAAAGGACCACAAGUGCCACUUGUGCGACUACGCUUCCAAUAAGAAAAAGGGCCUCGAGAUUCAUUUAAAAUCGGUUCAUCUGAAUAUCAAGGAGUUCAAGUGUCACUCGUGUGAAUAUGCUGCGAGUGAGAAACGUCUGGUGAAUUUACACGUGAAAUCUGUUCACUUAAAAAUGAAGAACCAUAAAUGUCAUCUAUGUGAAUAUGCUACCAGUGCGAAAGGUCGACUAGAUGUACAUGUGAAAUCUGUUCAUUCUGAUAUCAAGUGAAAAUAUUGUCCUAACAAAUAUACCAAUUAAUUUUUGA